AUGCAACUACCCCAGACAAUUGCUAUCCUGGCUCUGCUCGCCUUAGCCUCAGCCCAUGCCAUCCGUCGGGAUGAGGCUAAGGCCGAUUUCUCGAAGACCUGCGAAAAUAUUACCGUUCGAAAGGGUGGCAACCACUUGGAGGCAGAAUGUACUAGCACAAACGGGGAAAAGAUGAAAAGCUCUCUGGACCUGAACUUUUGCAUUCGCCACACAUAUGGGGGUAUGGAAGCGCACACCGAUGGCCAUUUCUAUGGAAACCCCGGAUGCACUGGUUGCCAAAUUCUCAAAGAUUCGCCAAAUACUUUACAAUGCGUGUGCGGGACUUCACAGGUGGGCGCCUUCAAAAAGGCAACACUGGAUUUAGACAUCAUGGUGUCGAAUAAUGAUGGUCUCACUGAGUGCCAUGGGCACCGCGCGGACAAGAUCUGA